GCAGAGACUGCCCCAGCCAUCAUGGAGGUGGCCGAGGUGGAGAGUCCUUUGAACCCCAGCUGUAAGAUCAUGACCUUCAGACCCUCCAUGGAGGAGUUCCGGGAGUUCAAUAAAUACCUCGCAUACAUGGAGUCUAAAGGAGCCCAUCGAGCAGGUCUUGCAAAGGUGAUUCCUCCUCGGGAAUGGAAGCCAAGACAGUGCUAUGAUGACAUUGAUAAUUUGCUUAUUCCAGCACCGAUUCAGCAGAUGGUCACAGGGCAGUCAGGACUGUUCACGCAAUACAACAUCCAGAAAAAAGCCAUGACAGUGAAGGAGUUCAGGCAGCUGGCUAACAGUGGCAAAUACUGUACUCCAAGAUACUUGGAUUAUGAAGAUUUGGAGCGCAAGUACUGGAAGAACUUAACUUUUGUGGCACCUAUCUAUGGUGCAGACAUUAAUGGGAGCAUAUAUGAUGAGGGUGUGGAUGAAUGGAACAUAGCUCGCCUAAAUACAGUCUUGGAUGUGGUUGAGGAAGAGUGCGGUAUUUCUAUAGAGGGUGUAAAUACCCCUUAUCUGUAUUUUGGCAUGUGGAAAACCACAUUCGCAUGGCACACCGAGGAUAUGGACCUCUACAGCAUUAAUUAUCUCCACUUUGGAGAGCCCAAGUCUUGGUAUGCAAUACCCCCGGAACAUGGAAAACGACUUGAAAGACUAGCUCAAGGUUUUUUCCCAAGCAGUUCUCAAGGGUGUGAUGCAUUUCUUCGCCAUAAGAUGACACUGAUCUCUCCCUCAGUAUUGAAGAAGUAUGGCAUUCCCUUUGACAAGAUCACUCAGGAGGCUGGAGAAUUUAUGAUCACUUUUCCAUAUGGCUACCAUGCUGGUUUUAAUCAUGGUUUCAACUGUGCAGAAUCUACAAAUUUUGCUACAGUCAGAUGGAUUGACUAUGGGAAAGUUGCUAAAUUGUGCACCUGCCGGAAAGACAUGGUGAAAAUCUCAAUGGAUAUCUUUGUGAGGAAAUUUCAGCCAGACAGAUAUCAGCUUUGGAAACAAGGAAAGGAUAUAUACACCAUUGAUCACACAAAGCCUACUCCAGAAUCCACACCUGAAGUAAAAGCAUGGCUGCAGAGAAGGAGGAAAGUAAGAAAAGCAUCCAGGAGUUUCCAGUGCACUGGUUCUCACUCUAAGAGGCUUAAGAAUGAGGGGGACGAAGAAGUGUCACCUGCAGUUGAUGGUGCAGAGGGCCUCACCGCUGACCGAGACCCAGAAGAUCUCAAGGUCAAUGAAAAACCAGAAAAAGCAGUGAAGAUGGGGAACACAGAAGCACCUUCAGAAGAAGAGGCUUCUCCUAGCAGGAAGCAGCUGGAUCAGAAUUCAUCAGAUAAUAUCAAACUCCCAGGAAAUAGUUGCUUAAGCACAUCUACAACAGAGGAAAUAAAAACUAAGGAUGACCAAGCCUAUGGUGUAAUUCUACCUUCAAAUCCCAGUGAAGCUGAUGAUUCCAUAUCUAGUGGCCAUGUGACAUCCAAGGAGUCAGACCCAUCGAAGCUUCCAUGGCCAAAGUCACCUGAGUCAUGUUCCUCAGUGGCAGAGAGUAACAGUGUGUUCACAGAGGGAGAAGAGAGUGAUGUGGAGAGCCGCAGGAGUGGCCUCGAACCUGGGGAAGUCCCAGCGGUCUCCAGUGGAAAGAGAAAUGGCCUCGAAGUCCCUGGUAGAAUAGAGGGAGAAACCAAAACUGCUAAAAGUUGGCGCCAUCCACUGAGUAAGCCUCCAGCAAGAUCCCCACUGACUCUGGUGAAGCAGCAGGCAACAAGUGAUGAAGAAUUGCCUGAGGUUCCGUCAAUUGAGGAGGAAGUGGAAGAAACAGAGUCUUGGGCGAAGCCUUUGGUCCACCUUUGGCAGACGAAGUCCCCAAACUUUGUGGCUGAACAGGAGUAUAAUGCAGCCAUGGCCAAAAUGGAGCCACACUGUGCCAUCUGUGCUCUCCUAAUGCCCUACUACAAGCCAGAUAGCAGCAAUGAAGAAAAUGAUUCUAGAUGGGAGACAAAAUUAGACGAAGUGGUUACUCCGGGAGGAAAGACUAAGCCCCUCAUUCCAGAGAUGUGUUUUAUUUAUAGUGAAGAAAAUAUAGAAUAUUCUCCACCUAAUGCCUUUCUGGAAGAGGAUGGAACAAGUCUUCUGAUUUCCUGUGCAAAGUGCUGCGUACGGGUUCAUGCAAGUUGCUAUGGUAUCCCUUCUCACGAGAUAUGUGAUGGAUGGCUAUGUGCCCGCUGCAAAAGAAAUGCAUGGACAGCAGAGUGCUGUCUCUGCAAUUUGAGAGGGGGUGCUCUUAAGGAAACAAAGAACAAUAAGUGGGCCCAUGUCAUGUGUGCUGUUGCGGUCCCAGAAGUUCGAUUCACUAAUGUCCCAGAAAGGACACAGAUAGAUGUAGGCAGAAUACCUUUACAGAGGUUAAAAUUGAAAUGCAUCUUCUGCAGAUACCGGGUUAAGAAGGUCUCUGGAGCCUGUAUCCAGUGUUCCUAUGGCCGCUGCCCAGCCUCCUUCCAUGUCACGUGUGCUCAUGCUGCUGGGGUGCUGAUGGAGCCUGAUGAUUGGCCAUACGUGGUGAACAUCACAUGCUUUCGACAUAAGGUCAACCCAAAUGUGGUAAGGCCUUCCCUUCCUUCCCUGAUGCCAAGACUGCAUACGAAUUCCCUCCUGACUGAACCUUUUUCUGGGCAAAGAGUGUUUGCAACUACAGGCUUACCGGCAGCUCCAGACACCAGUGUCCCUGUGGACAGGGCCCUGGCAGGCUUUAGGGGAGUUUACACAUCCCUGGAGGAAGUACAGCAAAUGAGCCGAGACUGUGUAAAACUGGGCCCUCCUGCUGAGGGAGAAGUCGUGCAAGUCAAGUGGCCUGAUGGCAAACUCUAUGGAGCAAAAUACCUGGGAUCAAAUGUUGCCCACAUGUACCAGGUUGAAUUUGAAGAUGGGUCCCAGAUAGCAAUGAAGAGAGAGGAUAUCUAUACUUUAGACGAAGAAUUACCCAAGAGAGUGAAAGCUCGUUUUUCCACAGCCUCUGAUAUGCGAUUUGAAGACACAUUUUAUGGAGCAGACAUAAUCCAAGGGGAGAAAAAGAGACAAAGAGUGCUGAGCUCCAGGUUUAAGAAUGAAUAUGUGGAUGAUCCUGUGUACCGCACUUUUUUGAAGAGCUCUUUUCAGAAAAAAUGUCAGAAGAGACAAUAACCUGCAUAUGCUGCACAGGCAACAGAGCAACGUGGGCCAGAAAAGGAAAGAUGAAGGGACAACCUUGGGGCCGUGCGAUGUGUUUCACUGGGGUAGGUGACGGGGUAUGUCUCUGACAGUGGAAAAUUAGGUUUUUCAGAGUUUGGUCACCUGGACCACAGAUUACAAGUGUUAUUAAUUGGACACAACAAUCUGAAGUCCUCCCCUAGUCUUGCUUUCACUUGUGAGCAAUUGUCUUCAGUGAUCCCAAAGAAUCUGUCUAAGUGAAAGGAAAUAAUAGUGAAUCUCCCCACCAAAAAGACUCACUGACAGAGGCGGUGGGUCCUCACCUGUGGCCUAAUUAGGCCCUUAGGAAACACAUGGAGACUUCUCUCCCUAACCCCAGCAAGUGGGAGCCUCGAUACCCAGGUAAGAGGGUGAUAAUUUAUAUAAUUUCCACAGUCAGGGAAGGACUCUCACUUAUUUGUUUUAAAUGGCAGUUUUUAUAAAACAUUUUUAAAACACAAAUGGCCUGUAUGGUAAUGAGAUUUACCCGUGUGCUAUCUGUAAUUUCCCUUGUACAGAACUUUUACAUUUUUUUAUAUCCCUAUUACUUUUGAUUGUGUCUGAUGAGAACUGAGUUGUUGGCCUUUGUGAAAUUUUUGGCUCUUGAGAAAGAAUUCUUAUGAAUUGUAUGGGAAUUUUAUAUAUUUAAAGAGGGAGAUCUGGGGCUGUUAUUUUUAAACACUUUUUUUUCAUAAUAUUCUGAGUAGAUAUUUAUAAAAUAUAUUUCUUUCAUUAUGUGUUUGUAAAAUUAGAGUUUAAAUAAAUAUGCUUUGAUGCAUAGUUUUCAACUAAUAUGAUUUUUCCUUUUUGAAACAGCCUGAAAAUGUACUAGUGUUUAAAAAUAAAGAUUUCCUUUUU